UUGAGAUUUUGUCUAAAAUCUCCAAUUCAAUCCUGUAAAACUUGUUAUGAAAAUUUUCAGUGUAAACGUUAAACAUUGAUGAAAAUAAUGGAGAUGGAGUCAUUGAAAUCAUGCGGAGCAUUCAUGAAAAAACUAAGAUUAGAACCAAUUGGCUCUGAUUCAGAUGAACUCAAUGGUCUAACUUUUGCGGUGAAAGACAUAUUUGAUUUAGAAGGACAAAUUACUGGUUUUGGAAAUCCAGAUUGGGGAAAAACUCAUUCUGCAGCAAUAUGUACUGCACCAACUGUACUAUCUCUGUUGAAAUCGGGUGCUACUUGUAUCGGUAUAACCGUAAUGGAUGAAAUGGCUUACAGCAUCAAUGGCGAAAAUUUUCAUUACGGUACACCUGUUAAUCCUGUUGCACCAGAUAGAGUACCUGGAGGAUCUUCAAGUGGAUCUGCAGUCGCUGUUGGUGCAAAAAUUGUUGAUUUCGCAUUAGGAACAGAUACUGGCGGAAGCGUUAGAGUUCCUGCAUCGUAUUGUGGGAUUUACGGUAUUCGUCCUUCUCAUGGAGUUGUUUCAGUUGAUGGAGUUAUACCUAUGGCACAAAGUUUCGAUACAGUUGGAUGGUUUGCGACGAAUGCUUGUAUUUUAAAGCAAGUUGGAAGAGUAUUGCUUCAAUCUGAUCACGAAUCGAAAGGUCUAACUAAAUUUAUUGUGGCAGAAGAUUGUUUUAAGCUUCUGGAUUCCAAGAGUAAUCGUCAAACGAUUGGAAUACUUGUUGAUUCGGUGAGGGAGCUAUAUGGAAGUGAUCAAAUGAUUGAAUAUGUGAGUAUAGGUGAUUACAUUGAGAAAAAUGUUCCGAGUUUGAAGAAAUUCAUGACGAUUGAAACUUGCAGUAAUAAUAACAUUCCAUCCUCAUUGCGAGCUCUUUCAGCUGCAAUGAGGUUGCUUCAGAAAUACGAAUUCAAAGAGAAUCACGGAGAAUGGGUUAGUGAGGUGAAGCCUAGUUUAGGUCCUGGAAUAGCAGAACGCGUGCAGGAGGCGUUGAGAACUACCAAAGAUGAAGAUAUUGACGUGUGCCAAACGGUGAAGACUGAGCUUCGAGUAUCUCUUAGUGGUCUACUUGGGGAUUGUGGAAUACUUGCAAUCCCAACUGUUCCUGGACCUCCACCAAAACUAAAAACUGAGACGACUACGUUGGAAGGAUUUCGUGCAAAAGCUUUUAGUCUUUUGUCAAUUGCUGGAGUAUCUGGAUUUUGCCAGGUUAGUAUACCUCUAGGUAUACAAGAUAAUCUUCCUAUAUCAGUUUCUUUAUUAGCAAAUCAUGGUUCAGAUUGGUUCCUGCUAAAUGUUGUUGAGGCUAUUCACAAUGUUCUUUACUUGUAAGAAACAUAAUAAGUUGCGAAAAACCAAAAAAAAACAGAACCAUGUAUAUGAUGAAUAAUUUGCAAUUCCAAGGUCUCAUUUCUUUA